GUGAUUUAGUAUUGUUCAAUAGUGCUUAGCGUACACGACAUUUCAUUGAUAACCAAGCAAAAGCCAUUAUGAUACCUAACUUUAUUUACUAGACAUUUAAGUUUUCGCUUUUGCAACGUAUUUACUAAUUCGAUUACCCUAGUAGUCGCGUGUAUAAUUAUAAGGAUUUUUAUACCUCUGCACUGUUAAUACAAGUUGAUGCUAAUUUCAAUAUGUUGCAGAUUUGUAUUUGUACUGUGUCUAUAAUUCAAUGCUUCGCACAAUACACUUUCAGAACUUGUAUUAUCUUGGAUAGGAAGUUUGUUGUUUGAAACUUCAAGAUGUCUAACAACAUAAAGAAACAUCGUACUCAGUACUCUUCGCUUAACCAGCUGAAUGAUGAAUCUAAAAUCUCGUAUAAGGGUAAAAGACCAUGGGAUGUCUACAAGAGACUCUCUACCAUACGAAGCUUGGCAGACAAACAUAGAGCAACAGGAAAUGAAGAACAGGCAUAUAUAUUCUUUAAACGCUGGCUUAAUUGUGUCAAUUGGUUAAAAACUACUAAGGAGUAUAAAGAUGAUAAAGUGAUUUACGCAACCAGUUUUCCAGACAGUCAGGUGAAUGAGGUGAAAAAGACAAUCGAUGACCUUGGUCAAAGUCUUCAAAAAUGUUAUAACAUUGAAAAUAACAUAAAAGCAUCUGCAAUAAGUGAUACGAUUAGCGAUAUGCAACUAGAUAUAGAACCUUUGAGUGAAAAAGAUAUUAAUGCACUUGGUAAAGACUUAAUCCUGAGUUUCCCUGAAACUCCCACAGAAGAUCCACUAACAGGCGAUUCUGAUGAGACCAUUACUUGUGUCCAACUUUAUCAACUAAUGCAGAAAUUGGAAAAUAGAAUUUUACUUAUCGAUAUUAGAGGGGCAGAAGAUUUUCAAUCCUCGCAGAUAAAUUCCAAUAGAAUCAUAAACAUUCCUGCAAGUCAAAUAAAACUGGGCGUGCUAGCAAGCCAUUUCGAAAAAUAUUUACGAAAAGAUAAACACGCCUUAGAGCUAUUCAAAUGUCGCGGAGCGCAAUAUGUGGACACUGUGGUUCUACUAGAUUGGAAUACGAAUCAGAAAUCAUUGUCUAGUAGCAAUCGUUUAACUGUAUUCAAGAAGAUUCUAAAAGAAUGGGACCCCGGAAUGCCGUAUAAGAAGAUAACCAUCUUGGAUGGGGGUUAUUCUGAAUGGUUAAACAGUUAUCCAGCCUUCACCACAAAUCCUAACAUAAAAUCGCCGAAUACGCAUGAGGACGCGAUGGAUGAGAUUUUAGAAGAGGUCGAGUAUCCAGACUGGUUGCAUUCAGACGACGAAGAUAAUCCAUUAAAAUCAAUGCAAAUUAAGCCAAUGCCUCCAAGAAACCUGAAGCCCAAUUUGUCAGAUAUAAAGCAGACGGUGCGAGAUAAACCAUCUCUAGAAAAUCAGGUGAUGGAUAACACUAGAUCUUCCUACAUCAUCAGCAACACACAUUCCCACACGAAUUACCCUGAUCAUGCUCAAUCUUACGCGGACUCGAACAAAUUCAAGCACAUAGAAAAUAUAUUUGAUUUGCAAGAAAAUCAGAAGAAAACUUCACAUUCUUUGAAGAACGAAUCUAGUGAUGUUGAUAUCGUUCUUAUUGAACAGGAUGAAAAGACCUUGCAAUCUAAAAAAUCAUCAAACAAAUCAUCUAUAAAUGAGUCGACAAUUCCAAAGCCAAUUGUAGAUCGGAGUAGCAAGCCUACAUCUUUAACAAUGAAUAAUAACGACUCCGAAGCUGUAAUGGUUCUGAUGAGACGACUUAAUGAAGUCACCAAGAGUCAAGAAAAAUAUGAGAAAGUGAAAUUCAAUCUCGAAAGCGAGCUCUUUCGGAGGUACGACGAUGAGACUCGAUAUUCGAAUGAGGAACACGAAAUAGAAUCUCGUAUUAAUCAGCUGGGAUCGAAUUUGGAAGAUAUGAGAAAGCAAAAUCCUGAGAUCAGACAGGAAUUAGCGAAAUUCCAAAAGGACGACGUAAUAUUGAAUCCUGCUCAUCAGAAGGAAAAGGUUAAAUUGGAUUUGAGUAUCGGUUCUGCAGAGCAAAGACUCAGAGAAAUAGCUAUUGAACGAAAAAAACUUUAUGGAAAAGUGCCUGAGAGAGAAGAGAAGAAAAAGUUCCUGAUUAAGAAACCGAAUGAGGAUGAGAUACACAAGGAACCUUUGAAGAUGGAUGGACCAUCUAGCAAUGGUGGUCUCAAACGCUCUUAUUCUAGUCCAAACCUUGCGCAGCUGGAUGAUCGAAAAGUACCUGAAGUGGACAGAUCUUCAAAACCCCAACAGCAGAAUAAUCGGAACCAAGCUGGUCUAAACAACAACAGCAAUGUCAAAUAUGCGCCAAUAAGUUGGCGAGAUCGUGAGCAAAGAAUGGAUCCAGUUUUUCGAACUGUGCAUCCGGGCAUCACGGGACUGAAAAACCUGGGUAACUCUUGUUAUAUGAACAGCAUAAUACAAUGCUUGAGUAAUACUGCUUGCCUGGCCAAAUACUUCAAUGAUAAUAUGUACCUGGAUGAACUCAAUACUAGCAAUGAAAACGGAACGCAAGGUCAGGUUGCCGAGGAAGUCGCCCAGGUGAUCAAAGCACUCUGGAGAGGACAGUACAAGAGUAUAUCACCGCGCGAUCUCAAAGUAGUCAUUGGUCAAUAUAAACUACAAUUUGAGAGUUACGAACAGCAAGAUUCUCAUGAAUUUCUGACAUUUCUCUUGGAUUGGAUGCACAAUGAUCUCAAGCGGAAAGUGAAAGUGCGCAUUGACAGACCACUGAGUGUGGCUGAAAAAGAAUGGGACAAGGCAAUGGGAAAUCAGAGAUCAAUCAUAUCCGAUCUCUUCUUUGGACAGCUGAGAUCAAGUAUUUUUUGUGCGACAUGUGGAAAUAGUAGUACCACGUAUGAGACCUUCAAUAGCCUCACAAUGUCCCUACCUCAUUCUAACAGAUGUACACUAAAUGACUGUAUCAAAAAAUUCGUAAGCGGGCAAAAGGUGUCCGGCUGGAAGUGUCCAAGUUGCAAGGUAGCGCGCGAGGCUACAAAGAAAUUUGACUUUGUAAAACUUGCUCCCAUAGUGGUAGUGCAUUUGAAUCGCUUCGGCGAAAGUGACGGGUGGCUCGAGAAGAGAAAUACGGCUGUUGACUUUCCUCUGACUGGAUUCAACCUGAAACCAUAUUUGGUGACGGAUGGUGAUAAUACGACAACGGCAACCAAUCCGCAUCAUUAUAACUACAACCUCUAUGCCAUGUCAAAUCAUUAUGGAACAAUGGAAGGCGGCCAUUAUACUGCCUUCUGCAGAAGUGCUACUCAGAAUAAGUGGUACAAGUACGAUGACCAUACUGUGACCGAAGUCUCACCUGGCCAAGUGAAAUCACAGAAUGCCAGUGCUUACCUUCUCUUCUACACAUCCUUUCCAAAUGAUCCUUAUACAUUCAUUUAACGACUAAAUCUAUAAAUUACUACUAAACCUUAACACGAGGUUGGCGCGCGUAGCUUACUUAUACACGAAGCUUCCAUAGAUUUACAAGGACAGAAUUUUAUACGUGUAUAAAACGUAAUAUACGAUAGUACUGCGUUGUCUUUUAAGAGGGAUGCUGAUCUAGAUAAAAAUGCUUGCCAACCUUGUAAAUAUGUAAAUACGAACGGAGGAAUAAGAUACGUUUAGUUCAAGCUUAGCUCGGGCACGCUUAUUGAUAGCCAUUUUUUAUCGAUACUUUGUUAUCAAAAAUAUUUGAUAACAAUUACCUCGAUUAAUUAGAUAAAAUUGUUAUUAUCCUUUCAUUCGAGCUUUAUACUUGUUCAGAGUUGCAUUUAUUUUGUAUGUCGGGUCAACGAAUUUGGAUUUCCUUUUAUCUUUUUCUCUAACACCUAUUUCUUCUUACCCUCAGUCUUUACAUAUUUCAAAUAUGUACAUUCCUUCUGAAACCUUUUUUUCCUCAUUUUUGUGUUCAGAGAUGUAAAGAUUAUGAUUUAUCAAGUAAGAUGAAACAAGUCUCAAUUAAAGCGCGAGACAACGGCCCCUAUGUAUUGUGUCACUUGGUACAUAUGUAAUUAUUGUACAUUAUUAUAUGAAGAUUAUUUAAGGUACAGUGCUUGUAACACUGGCCACAAAUAAAAUAUAACUUUGAAACUUUUUCAAAAC